GCCCCGCGGGACCAUGCAGAGGUCGCCCCUGGAAAAGGCCAGCGUCAUCUCCAAACUUUUCUUCAGCUGGACCAGACCAAUUUUGCGCAAAGGGUACAGGCAGCGCCUGGAACUAUCAGACAUAUACCAAAUUCCAUCUGUGGAUUCUGCUGACAAUCUCUCUGAAAAACUGGAAAGAGAAUGGGACAGAGAGCUGGCUUCAAAGAAAAAUCCCACACUCAUUAAUGCCCUUCGACGAUGUUUUUUCGGGAGAUUUAUGUUCUAUGGAAUCUUGCUCUAUUUAGGGGAGGUGACCAAAGCAGUACAGCCACUCCUACUGGGAAGAAUUAUAGCUUCCUAUGAUCCAGAUAACCAGGCAGAACGCUCCAUUGCCUUGUACCUGGCCGCAGGCUUGUGCCUUCUCUUCAUUGUGAGGACACUGCUCCUGCACCCAGCCAUUUUUGGCCUCCAUCAUAUUGGAAUGCAGAUGAGAAUAGCUAUGUUUAGUUUGAUUUAUAAGAAGACUUUAAAACUUUCGAGCCGGGUUCUAGAUAAAAUAAGUAUUGGACAACUUGUUAGUCUCCUUUCCAACAACCUGAACAAAUUUGAUGAAGGACUGGCACUGGCCCAUUUCGUGUGGAUCGCCCCCUUACAGGUGACGCUCUUGAUGGGGCUGCUCUGGGAGCUGCUCCAGGCCUCGGCCUUCUGCGGACUUGCCUUCCUGGUGGUCCUGGCCCUUUUCCAAGCCGGCCUCGGGAGGAUGAUGAUGAAGUACAGGGAUAAGAGAGCUGGGAAGAUCAAUGAGAGACUUGUGAUCACUUCUGAAAUGAUUGAAAAUAUCCAAUCUGUGAAGGCAUACUGCUGGGAGGAAGCAAUGGAAAAAAUGAUUGAAAACCUAAAACAAACAGAGCUGAAACUGACCCGGAAGGCAGCCUAUGUGAGAUACUUCAACAGCUCAGCCUUCUUCUUCUCAGGGUUCUUCGUGGUGUUUCUGUCUGUGCUACCUUACGCACUGCUCAAGGGAAUCAUCCUUCGAAAAAUAUUCACCACUAUUUCAUUCUGCAUCGUUCUGCGCAUGUCUGUCACUCGGCAGUUCCCCUGGGCUGUGCAAACCUGGUAUGACUCAUUUGCAGCAAUAAAUAAAAUACAGGAUUUUUUACAAAAGCAAGAGUAUCAGACCUUGGAAUACAACUUGACUACAACAGAUGUUGUGAUGGAAAACGUAACAGCCUUCUGGGAAGAGGGAUUUGGGGAAUUACUUGAGAAAGCAAAACAAAAUAAUAACAACAGCGACAUCCCCAAUGGUGACAGCAGCCUCUUCUUCAGUAACUUCGCACUACUCGGCACUCCUGUGCUCAGGGACAUCAAUUUCAAGAUCGAGAAAGGACAGCUGUUGGCAGUUGCUGGGUCUACUGGAGCAGGCAAGACCUCACUUCUGAUGAUGAUUAUGGGAGAACUGGAGCCCUCGGAAGGCACAAUCAGGCACAGUGGGAGAAUUUCCUUCUGCUCCCAGUUCUCCUGGAUCAUGCCCGGCACCAUUAAAGAGAACAUCGUCUUCGGGGUUUCCUAUGACGAGUACAGAUACAGGAGUGUCGUCAAAGCCUGCCAACUCGAAGAGGACAUUUCCAAGUUUGCUGAGAAAGACAAUAUUGUUCUUGGAGAGGGUGGAGUCACCCUGAGCGGAGGUCAGCGUGCCCGAAUCUCUUUGGCCAGAGCAGUAUACAAAGAUGCGGACUUGUACCUAUUAGACUCGCCUUUUGGAUACUUAGAUGUGUUAACAGAAAAAGAAAUUUUUGAAAGCUGUGUUUGUAAAUUGAUGGCGAACAAAACUAGGAUUUUGGUCACUUCUAAAAUGGAACAUUUAAGGAAAGCCGACAAAAUACUAAUUUUGCAUGAAGGUAGCAGUUAUUUUUAUGGGACAUUUUCUGAACUACAAAACCUGCGGCCAGACUUCAGCUCAAAGCUCAUGGGCUAUGAUUCUUUCGACCACUUCAGCGCAGACAGAAGAAACUCCAUCAUCACGGAGACCUUGCGGCGCUUCUCUCUAGAAGGAGAGGCUGCUGUCUCCUGGACUGACAACAGAAAGCAGUCUUUUAAGCAGACCGCAGAGAUCAGUGAAAAAAGGAAGAACUCUAUUCUCAAUUCCAUCAACUCCAUGAGAAAGUUUUCCAUUGUCCAGAAGGCUCCGCUGCCAAUGAACGGCAUCGACAAGGACUCUGAUGAGCCCCUGGAGAGAAGGCUGUCCUUAGUGCCCGACUCUGAGCAGGGGGAGGUCAUCCUGCCCAGAAGUAAUGUGAUCCACACGGGCCCCACGUUUCAGAGGCGGAGGAGACAGUCUGUGCUGAACCUGAUGACCCGCUCCUCCAUCCACCAAGGCCAAAACAGUCACCGCAAGACAGCAGCAUCCUCACGAAAGAUGUCUAUGGCCCCGCAAGCCAGCCUGACAGAGAUGGACAUAUAUUCAAGAAGACUCUCGCAAGACAGCGGCUUAGAAAUAAGCGAAGAAAUUAAUGAAGAGGAUCUAAAGGAAUGCUUUUUGGACGACGUGGAGAGCAUACCGGCCGUGACCACGUGGAACACGUACCUUCGCUACAUUACCGUCCACAAGAGCUUAAUUGUUGUGCUCAUUUGGUGUGUCGCCAUCUUUCUGGCUGAGGUGGCUCUUUCUUUGGUCGUGUUGUGGCUGCUUCGAAGUUCCUCUCUACAAGACAAAGGAAAUAGCACUACUGUGAAUGCCACUAACAGUAGCACCUAUGGCAUCAUCGUCACUGGCACCAGCUCGUUUUAUGUUUUCUACAUCUAUGUGGGAGUAGCCGACACUCUGCUGGCCCUGGGAUUCGCUAGGGGUUUGCCACUGGUACAUGCCCUCAUCAAAGUGUCGAACAUUUUACACCGCAAAAUGUUGCAUUCUGUUCUUCAAGCACCUAUGUCGACCUUCAACACGUUGAAAGCAGGUGGGAUUCUUAAUAGAUUCUCCAAAGAUAUAGCCAUUUUGGAUGAUCUUCUGCCUCUUACCAUGUUUGACUUCAUCCAGUUGUUACUGAUCGUGAUCGGCGCUGUGACAGUGGUCUCCGUGUUGCUGCCGUACAUCUUCCUGGCAACGGUGCCUGUGAUCGUGGCGUUUGUCUUACUGAGAGCCUACUUCCUCCACACCUCUCAGCAGCUCAAACAACUGGAGUCAGAAGCCAGGAGUCCAAUUUUCACUCAUCUCGUGACAAGCUUAAAAGGACUAUGGACGCUCCGUGCCUUUGGACGCCAGCCUUACUUCGAAACCUUGUUCCACAAAGCUAUGAAUUUGCACACUGCUAACUGGUUCUUGUACCUGUCAACACUUCGCUGGUUCCAAAUGAGAAUAGAGAUGAUUUUUGUCAUCUUCUUCAUUGCUGUUACCUUCAUUUCCAUUUUGACAACAGGUCUCUGUUACUUAUGGCUGAAAAGCACUUACUUUGAGCCACCUGAGAGGAUUUAUGAUCAAAAUGACUUGAACUCUCUUGUUAUGUGCUUCACAAUGCGCUCGGUAAGCCGAGUCUUUAGGUUUAUCGACAUGCCAACUGAAGAAUGUAAACCUGCCCAACCAAUCAAGCCAUUUAAGGAUGGCCAGCUCUCCAAAGUGAUGGUUAUUGAGAAUCAGCACGUCAAGAAAGAGGACACCUGGCCUUCAGGGGGUCAAAUGACCGUUAAAGACCUCACAGCAAAAUAUACAGAUGGUGGCAAUGCCAUAUUGGAAAAUAUUUCCUUCACAAUUAGUCCUGGUCAGAGGGUGGGCCUGUUGGGAAGAACUGGAUCAGGGAAAAGCACACUGUUAUUGGCUUUCCUGAGGCUGCUGAACACCACCGGAGAAAUCCAGAUUGAUGGGGUGUCCUGGGACUCAAUCACUUUGCAGCAGUGGAGGAAAGCCUUUGGGGUGAUCCCACAGAAAGUAUUCAUCUUUUCUGGAACAUUUAGAAAAAACUUGGAUCCCUAUGAACAGUGGAGUGAUGAAGAAAUAUGGAAAGUUGCAGAUCAGGUUGGACUCAGAAACGUGAUAGAGCAGUUCCCUGGGAAGCUUGAUUUUGCCCUUGUGGACGGGGGCUGUGUCUUAAGCCAUGGCCACAAGCAGCUGAUGUGCUUGGCCAGAUCUGUGCUCAGUAAGGCGAAGAUCUUGCUGCUUGAUGAACCCAGUGCUCAUUUGGAUCCCAUAACAUACCAAAUCAUCCGAAGAACUCUAAAACAAGCAUUUGCUGAUUGCACAGUCAUCCUCUGUGAGCACAGGAUAGAAGCGAUGUUGGAAUGUCAGCGCUUUUUGGUCAUAGAGGAGAACAAAGUGCGGCAGUACGAUUCCAUCCAGAAGCUGCUGAGCGAGAAGAGCCUCUUCCGGCAGGCCAUCAGCCCCUCGGAUCGUCUGAAGCUCUUCCCACACAGAAACUCCAGCAAAUACAAGUCUCGGUCCAAAAUCGCCGCUCUGACGGAGGAGACGGAAGAAGAGGUGCAAGAAACGCGGCUCUAGAGAACAGGCCACUGUUGGCCUGGGGCACGUCCCUUAUGGAGUCCAGGGCAAGAACGCUGGCGGAUGCCUCACAGAACAAGGAUCAAUAAUGUUUCAGAAAAGGGAAAAUUAGGAGGAAGUAAGGACAUUCAUCGGGGUCUGGAUUCAUGGCUUCCUGACACUGGUCAGCUUGUGUGACAGGUAACCUCAAGCUCGUGGAGGUUUCCCGUUCAUGUUACACAAGCCGCAAGGUCUCUGCAAGGUCUCGCCCAUUGGUUCUGUAAUUGGAAGGUGGCUACACGUCAAGCAGCUUAAUAGCGUGGGGAAAUGCGAUCAUUUGUACAAUUGGAGACAGACAGAAACCAUAUGACUUAGACGUUGAAAUGUUGGUAACUGGAAACUUUAGCAGUUUAUUUCCAUUUAUAUUCCCACUUAUCUCUUCUUCCACCAAGAUAUUUGCAGCCAGUAACUUGCAGCCCCAAGAUCUUUAGAAGCACAACCAAGGUGUCUGUUAAGCCAGUGUUGGAAUACGGUGAGCGUUGCAAGAGAGUUCACCAAAGUAUGCCUUACUCUGUAUCUAGUAGGGGAAGGGAAUCUUCAGACUCUGGAAAUUGGGAUCAGGACCUACAGCUCUAACAGUGAUCCAAGUCAUUCAGAUAAUCAAGCCACGCCCCUUGCAGGGGGCUGUUACAGUCCCAUGCAGGAGACAGAGGCUAAAACAAGCAAACCAACCAACGAACAGGAUCACGGUCCAGGGCGCUCUUUGGCUUCAGGCUCCCUAGGAAAGCCUCAGACUGUCUGUGCUGAAUGGGAGCGAGAAGACAUCCUUCAGGAAGAGUCCAAACGGAAUAAACUUGUUUUAUAUGCUCCUGUUAGGGAAUUUUUAUGAUACAAAUGAAAUUUUCUCUAGGAAAUGUUAUUUAUUUUAAUAAUGUUUCAGACUCGCAUGUAACAUUUCUGUAUUUGAAGAAUGAUCAUUUUAUGGAUUCUAUUUGUAUAAGAGAAUUUUUAUAUUUUGAAAUGUUGACAUUUGAUGGCACUAGGUAUAUUUUAU